GGCGACAAACCUCCGAUUGUGAGGGUACGAGGAAAGUCCGGGCACGAACGCACGCUUCUCAUAUGUCUGCUUUUCCCGCGCCGUCACCAUAGAGAAGAGCACUCUCCCACCGCCCGCCAUGGCGGUCGCCCGCACCCUUCGCCGCAACAACACCAUCACCUACCUAUUAGCCGGCUGUCUGUGCAUCUUCUUCCUUUACUUCUUUUUCGGCGACACCAGUCAAAUACCUUCCUUGAAGACAGUAACGGCGCCGAAACAACUGCUCAAGAGCAAAGAUGCCGCCUCUAACGAGCUGUCUCCACCAUCUUUACCCUUCAAGAAGCCCAGCAAGCUGCAAGAGGGAGAAAGGCCACCUCCACCGCCAGUAGUCCACUAUCAUAUGAACAACGUGACUACUACGAGCGAUCCGGUCGGCAAUAGAGAAAGCAUACUGAUCUUGACACCGCUGGCACGCUUUUACGACGAGUAUUGGGAGAACCUGUGCAAGCUAUCGUAUCCGCAUGAGCUUAUAUCACUCGGCUUUAUCAUUCCAAAAGGACGAGAAGGAAACCUUGCUACACAGCAAUUGCAGGAGCGGAUACAGAAGACGCAAGCUCCGACCAACAAGAACCGCUUUGCUUCAAUUACCAUCUUGCGCCAAGAUGAGGAGCCGCCAGUGCAUCAGGAUGAGAAAGAGCGACAUGCCCUUGCAGCGCAGAAGGAGCGCCGUGCGGCCAUGUCAAAGGCGCGGAAUGCACUACUGUUCACCACGUUAGGACCCACCACAAGUUGGGUGCUGUGGCUGGACAGCGAUGUGGUGGAGACGCCGGCCGGCUUGAUCCAGGAUUUGGCGAGUCAUGAUAAGGAGAUCAUCGUUCCGAACUGCUUCCAGCGGUACUACAACAAGGACAAGGAGGCGAUGGAUGUCCGGCCGUAUGACUUUAAUAGCUGGCAGGAUUCGCCAACUGCGCAGGGUCUGGCAGAUAAGAUGGGUCCUGAUGAGAUUCUGUUGGAAGGAUAUGCGGAGAUGGCUACUUAUCGGAGUUUGAUGGCGUACAUGGCUGACGUUAACGGCGAUCCUCGCCGAGAGGUGAAUUUAGACGGUGUCGGCGGGACCGCGCUCCUGGUGAAAGCAGACGUGCACCGCGACGGUGCCAUGUUUCCACCCUUCCCGUUCUACCAUUUGAUUGAGACGGAAGGCUUUGCGAAGAUGGCGCAAAGACUUGGGUGGCAUGCGACGGGUUUGCCGAACUAUUUCGUCUAUCACUACAAUGAGUGAUCCUCGGCCCGAUAUCGUGGCAGUAGGUAUGGGAAACAAUUGAGCAUCUUCUGGCAUGGCGCUGUCGGAGUCUCGGUGCUGUCGACGUGCAACGUGGAUAUGGAAGGUCUGGUAGAUACAGUAUAGACGAGGCGACUGUCUUGGCCAAUUGUGUGGAUCUGCGAUGUCCUUGCAUGACACAAAGGAGAUAAGCUUCGCUUAGACCUUUUCACGCCAAGAUGUAUGCACGCAAAGAUGGUACCACUGCACCGACUUGACAUUCGCUUAACGUAGCCAAGGCGCGUGAGUGGGCUCGUAAUAAGGAGUCGAGCGCCCUUCAAAAACACAGGUGGCUGGCCAGAUUCAGCAACAUUGUAUCCAAACGGAUUUGCCCACUUCCCCU